AUGGUGAAGCCAAGCAAUCUGUACGCCGCCAUGGCGAGCACUAUCCAGACCUUCUUCGCCGACUACGACCGGGCGCCCGAUGACGGGCCGUCAGUGCUCUCCAACACCCUCACGCCAGGCUGCCGCCGUUACCUGCGCCCCUACACCUUCACUGACGCUCUUGGGUUCCCGCGGGACUUCUUUUUCAACAAUACCGCAUACGAGGCCGGCAUAGCCAGCGAGCUGUCCGUCACACAGACAGCUAACUGGACCGUGCUCUUCACGUCGAUAGAUGUGCGAAACCUUAAGGCGUCUGCUUUCUCGGAGUACAGAGUUAGCCUGUGCGGCACGGACGAGUAUCUGGUGGAGGUGUCUUGGUUCUGGGACUUUACCGAAGACGGCAAGAAGAUUUGGAACAUCAUCGAAGUUCUGGAGCCAAUUACUACUCUCAACUAUUCAGCAAAAGCUGUAGAGAUAGCGGCGUCGGGGCAGACAUGUUAG